AUGUCUUCUCUAAUGGCGAUUCGAUGCGUACAAACAAAGAAGAUUCUCACAAUAGGUUCUCUGCUUCACUUACGCUCCUUUCCUCCUCAUCUAUACGCCUCCAACUCAAUUUCGAGCAGAAGCCUGAGCACAUCCGCCUCCACCACGAACGACUAUCGCCAAAAUCCUCACUCCGUCUCAUCUUAUCAACGGCCCAAUCCAUCCCCAAGGUUCGAUUCUCAGCGUUUUCAGAAUCAGAGGUAUAGCCCUAACCAUAUCAAUCCCCAGACUCCUCAACAACAGGGCGGUUACAACAACCAGGUCAAUUACCAGAAUCAGAAUAUUCAGCAAAGCAAGGAGAUAGCUUCCCCUACCAUAGAAGAGAUAGUGCGUUUGUGUAAGCUUAGGAGAUACAAAGAUGCCAUCGACUUGCUUGACCAAGGAGCCACCCCUGAUAAAGACUGUUUCUCCUUACUGUUCGAGUCAUGCGCCAAUUUGAAAUCUCUGGAGCAUUCCAAGAAGGUACACGAUCAUUUCCUCCGGUCUAUCUUCAGAAGCGACCCGAAGCUGAACAACGUGGUGAUCAGUAUGUUCGGGGAGUGUAAUAGCGUCACCGAUGCCAAGAGAGUGUUUGAUCACAUGCCCGGUAAAGAUUUGGAUUCUUGCCACGUGAUGAUGCGCGUGUACAGCGAUAACGGGAUGGGAGACGAGGCGUUGCAGUUGUUCGAGGAGAUGGGCUUGAAGCCCAACGGGGAGACGUUCGUUGCUGUUUUCUCGGCUUGUGCAAGUGUGGGUGCGGUUAAAGAAGCGUUUCUGCAUUUCGAUUCGAUGAGAAACGAGUUUGGGAUUACUCCGAGGAAGGAACAUUACUUGGGUGUUUUAGAUGUUAUUGGCAAAUGCGGGCAUCUUGUUGAAGCGGAGCAGUAUAUCCGUGGCCUCCCGUUUGAAGCUACGGGUGAAUUCUGGGAAGCUAUGAGGAGCUAUGGUGUGAUACAUGGAGAUAUCGAUUUGGAGGAUUACGCGGAGGAGAUGAUGGUUGAGCUUGAUCCUUCUAAAGCAGUAACGAACAAGAUUCCUACCCCUCCGCCAAGAUCAUACAGGGAGAAAAGUAUGGUUGCUAGUAAGAGUAGGAUCCUUGAGUUUCGGAAUCAGACUAUUUACAAGGAUGAAGCUAAGGAGAUGGCUGCGAAGAAGGGAGCGGUUUAUAUUCCAGACACUCGGUGCGUUCUGCAUGACAUUGAUGAGGAGGCUAAAGAACAGGCGUUGCUAUACCAUAGUGAGAGGUUAGCGAUUGCUUAUGGUAUCAUAUGCACCCCGCCUCGGAAGAGCCUUACCAUCAUCAAGAAUCUCCGUGUGUGUAAUGACUGCCACAACUUUAUCAAGAUCAUGUCUAAGAUCAUUGGUCGAACGUUGAUUGUGAGAGACAACAAACGUUUCCAUCACUUCAGUGAUGGUAAAUGUUCCUGUGGCGAUUAUUGGUAG